AUGGCGGCGAGGGCACUCGGGCUCGCUGGCCGAGCGCUCCUGCGACCGGUCGCCUCACCAGGCACCCAACGGCUGCUGUCGACUGACAAGAACUCACUGCAGGGCCUUACGAACGGCGAUCCGGUGAGCCGCCUCAUGCAAACACGGAAGCAGAAUGACAGCAUUUACCGUCGCUUUGCUGAAAAUGAUUUCACAGGCGGCGGUAGCAGGUCUGGCCGAUUAAACAUGGAAAUAACGUGGACAGCGGCUCCGCGAGUAAAGAUGGAUGUUCUACACAUCACACCCAAGGAGAAAAAGACCUUUGUGACCGUGACGGACGUCAAGGAGAACAGGAAGGCCCGGGCUUCUGCUGGCUGCUUGGAGGAUCGUAAAGGGCGGUCUCGUCUUGCUCGGUGCGCCGGUGAAGCAACAGGGAAACACAUGGGGCGAUCCGCCAGCACGAUUGGCCUCAAGUCGAUCGUCGUGAAAGUGAAAGGAUGUUCCUUUUUCAGGAAGAAGAAGAAAGUGCUCUUGAGCUUUGCAGCCGGUUCCCGAGGUGAAAGAGUGAGGAGCCUUUCUCCUAAAUAA